AUGCAAGAUCCAGGGAAGACCGAACCUAAACCUUCGCGUUUGGUGGAACUUCCACUAGAACUUCAGGGCAUGAUAUUCGAAGACGUCAAUUAUUCUGACCUCAACAGAUUAUGUCUAACCUGCAAGACCAUCAAGGCGGUUGUCCUUCCUAAGCUUUACCACCAAGUCGUCAUCAGAGUGCCUCAAAAAUGGUCACGGUUGCCCUCGUUGGAAGGUCUUCUGGGCUCUACUGGGGAUGGUCUCAAAUAUACCACAGAGCUCUCCAUUGAGACCCAACAAUCUCCGUUACGAGACAGCCAGCGAGAAUCUGAGGACUCCCGGCCCCCAGAAGAAGUUCUAGCGGAGACAAAGCUCCAGUUCUACCUUCCGCAAAUUUCAGCAUCGAAUGCCCUAAAUACUCUCAUUCGGCUGCUAAUCGUCAAGCUGCCCCAAAAUCGACUGGAAGUGUUUAGGUGGGAGCAUAGUUGCGAGCUCAAUGUUUCGACUCUGAACCUUCUAUUCGAAAGGCAGGAGGCCAACCUGGAUAUAUUGUUCUGCAACAGAUUAUCCUCGGCCUGCAACGUUUCGGGUUCAGUGAUUGAAGGGAUUGACCAAUUAUCCGUCGAGAGUAUGGACCUUAGCCGUGGUGGUUGCCAGUGGGCAGCCAGCAUGUUAGUAGAAAAUGCCGAGACCUUGGACCAUCUCGAUCUCGGGUUCAACAAUCGCAUUGCCCAUGACUUCGCCCUUAAUAGGCGUCCACAAUAUGAUAAGAUGUGUGCCUCGUUCGCGGUUGAUGUUAAAAAAACACUUUCUGCAAAGGGUCUGGAGCCGCCGGUGGACCUGUUAUUGGAGUCAGUGUAUUUGUGUGGUCUUGACUUUAGGAGUGUCAUCCAAGGGGAGAUGGCCCUCGACAUCGAUUUCAACGACGUCAUUGAGCUGAGACUCGAAUCGUGCCCUGGACUAAGUCAAGCAUUUUCUCUGCUCACGGGUCAAGGAGACUCAUCAAGGCUCGCUCUCGGUGCGCUUCAAGUUCUUUUCGUGAGGCUCGAAGAUCCUGAUCCGAAUUUCUCCACCAGUCUCGAAAGCUUUCUCACGUCCGUUCGCGGGCUUAACCACCUUCAAGUGCUUAUUGACAAUGCCCUGACAGUCCAGUAUCUUGAGCCAAUCCUGAAAGUCCACGGCAAAACGCUUGAAACGCUUGUGUGGGAUGAGAGACGCGGACCUAGAACACGGUUAGAUGCCUCAACCUCUAUGUUCUCUCCCAGGCUUGGGAAUCUGAAGGUGAUCGCCCGGAAUUGCCCAUCAUUGACGCUCCUUGGAAUACCGCUUGAUUGGGAGGUAAUCAGUAGCUCAGACAAAUUACAUGAAGCGAUUGCGAGGGCUUUCAUAAAAAUGCCAUAUCUCAAGGUGCUAAAUAUCCGCAACUUACCUGAAAUAAGUGGAAGAUCCGCGAUGCCUAUGGACUAUUUCGUGAAGGGUCUAGCGGCUAUGUUUGUGGACAUUGUGAACAAAAAGCGGAAAUCAACCCUCCUUAAGACUGUAGCAAUCGGGGCACCCCUCUACAGAGACAUCCACAUUGGAACUCAUCAUGUCGUCCACACCGCCGUCAGUGAUUUCCUGCGCUUCCGCAUUUACAACAUCGAUUACGAUUAUCCAUCUCCAAGCGGCUUGUCUCCCGUACUUAGCGAAAUAUGCAAAGGCGCUGCACGUAGUUCUGAAGGGCAAUUCUGCCACGCCAAACUUUUAUGUAAUCACUGGCUCGGCUGA